CCUAUAUAAAGUCGCAACGUAUUGUUUAUUCUUCACCACACACUGUAUGUAUAUAUAUUGACCGCUGUUAUUCACUAUCUGCUACAUGUAUUUUUCACUGUUUAAUGUGGUUUUUCUUAUUUUAUUUGUUGAGAUUAGCGGACAAUCUGGAACUGAUGUGACUGAUCUACUUACGGCAUUGUUUACUACAAAUAGUUAUGAUAAACGUGUUAGACCAAAGUCGUCUCAGGUUACAGCAACCACUGUAGAUUUGGACUUAUAUUUGGUCGGAAUUAACGAUAUAGAUGAAAUAAAAGGGAGCCUAACAACAACUGCAUUUUUAUAUUUGGGAUGGAUAGAUGAAUUUCUAGUGUGGACUCCGGCAAGUUACGGCGGAAUAGCAUACUUCUAUAUUCCUCAGUCAGAUAUCUGGAAGCCAGAUAUAACAUUAGAAAAUGGUUUUUCUAAACUUAAGGAACUUGGAAAUAGUUUUAUCAAUGCAGCUGUUACGGAAGACGGACAAGUAUUUUGGAAACCCUUCGAAGUAUUUGAAUCAAAAUGUUCUUUUGACACGAAGUAUUUUCCAUUUGAUAAACAGACAUGCAAACUAAGUUUUGUCGUGUGGUCAAGUGGAAUACAAGAUGUCAAUGUUACACUUUGGAACAAUGGAAUAAACCUGGACCAUUAUGAGGAAAAUUCUGAAUGGACAGUUUUAUCGACGGCCCAUAUUGAGGCCUCUGAUGCUGCAGAAUCAAGAGUUACGUUUUCAUUGAACAUUAAACGUAACGCUGCAUAUUAUGUUAUGAACAUUAUCCUCCCUGUUAUUCUUUUAAGUUUUCUGAAUGUAUUAACAUUCGCUCUUCCUGCCGAUAGUGGUGAGAAGAUUUCACAAUGUAUAACAGUCUUUUUGUCGUUUGCCGUUUUCCUCACUAUAGUCAAUGCAGAACUUCCAAAGACAUCUGGCUCCAUCAUAGGAUAUUAUCUGAUAUUUCAACUAGCAAUGGGAACGAUUGUUAUAACUAUAACUGUCUUACAGUUAAGGCUUCAUCAUCGGAAAGAUCCCGUUCCACCAUCUGUAAUAAGACUUAUGAAAUGUCUGCCGUUUAACAAGACUUCAGCCGUUAACAGUCCCGACAAAAACAAAGUGGAAAAUAUUCAAAUUAAAAAUACAGAGGCAAAUGAUGUUGAAACAGAAACGACCUGGAGUGACGUUACUUCAUCGAUUGAUUUUUUUAUGUUUUGGACAGUUCUUAGUAUUGUCGUGAUUUCCACCAGUAGCGUUGUGGCCAUUUUGAGUUUACACUAGAACAUUCUUAGAAAGAGAUAAACUGUCAUUUAGACUAAUUUUCGAAUAAAAAGUGUUUUAUUUGA